GCCUCUUACCGUGGAUUUUGUUCCAAUUGUUCCAAAGACACGCUCUCAUCGUCCCCCCCUUGCUGUAUCACCCACAGAGAGAACAGAAUAACAGAAAGGAACGUCGCAAUGGCUCCCACCGUGCUGCAUCUCCGCAGCGAGACCAAGCCCCUCGAGCACAGAUCGGCCCUCACGCCGGCAACAGCCGCUGAGCUGAUCAAGGCCGGCUAUGUCCUCAACAUUGAGCGCUCGCCCGUGAGGAUAUUCGACGAUGCCGAGUUCGAGGCUGUCGGCGCCAACCUGGUGCCCGAGCACAGCUGGGUUGACGCUCCCAAGGAGCACAUCAUCAUCGGCCUGAAGGAGCUCGAGGAGAAGGACUUCCCUCUGAAGCACGUACACGUUCAAUUCGCCCACUGCUACAAGCAGCAGGCUGGUUGGGAGAAGGUGCUUGCCCGGUUCCCGAGAGGCGGCGGCACCCUCCUUGACCUGGAAUUCCUCGUCGACGAUCGUGGCCGCCGCGUCGCUGCCUUUGGUUUCCACGCCGGUUUCGCCGGUGCUGCGCUCGCGCUCGAGGUGUGGGCCUGGCAGCUGAGCCACACCGAGCCCUUCCCCGGCGUUGAGAGCUAUCCCAACGAGGACGCCUUGGUCGCCGACGUCAAGAAAGCGCUCGAAGAAGGCGCCAAGAAGGCCGGUCGCCUGCCCCGCGUCAUUGUCAUUGGCGCUCUCGGCCGUUGCGGCUCAGGCGCCGUUGAUGCCCUGCGCAAGGCCGGCUUGCCCGAGGAGAACAUCCUCAAGUGGGAUAUGGCUGAGACCGCCAAGGGCGGACCCUUCAAGGAGAUUACCGACAGCGAUAUCUUCGUCAACUGCAUCUAUCUGACCAGCAAGAUUCCCAACUUCGUCAACAUGGAGUCUCUCCAGGUGCCCGAUCGGAAGCUCUCGGUCGUCUGCGACGUCUCGGCCGACACCACCUCCCCCUUCACCCCAGUCCCCAUCUAUUCUGUCGCCACCACAUUCGACAAGCCCACCGUGCCCGUCGAGGGUCUGAAGAGCGGGCCCCCAUUGUCAGUCAUCUCGAUCGACCACCUCCCGUCGCUCCUGCCCCGCGAGGCGUCCGAGGCUUUCAGCCGCGACCUCCUCCCUUCACUCCUCAAGCUCAACGACUGGCAGAACUCGCCCGUCUGGGCCAGGGCCUACAAGCUCUUCCAGGAGAAGGUUGCUACUCUGCCGGCCAGCGCGCUGGAGAACUGAGCAGCGGCGGCAAAAGAACAUAGAUCUAAUUUAGAUCGGUUUUGAGUGGCACAGUGCUAGCACGAAAUGGUUUUUUUCUUUUCGCGCGAUAGACCAAAAAAAGAGUCGCUAGUGGGUCAAAAGCCACCCGCACCACCUCUCUCUCGACUUGACAAUUACCCGUAUCUCAUG